AGGCUUUCGGCUCAAGGGCUCUUAAAUCAAGGAUGGCCAUCAGCCGCCGCUUAGUUCAGAGAUUUCAAUGGAGUGCCAGCUUGCGUGACUCACGCAUAGUUCUGGACAGGACCUGGCUGUGCUUGUCUGCCGCUGCCCUUGCAUGGAGCGACUAUGAGUCCAGGCGGCGGAGCAGGCAGUCCUUUUGUGAGACAGAGCCUGGGCGAAGCAGCAUAAUCAAAUUCCGAGUCGACAACGAUCGACCGGGACUUCUCAGUGAGGCAACAGAGGUCCUCAAGAAGCAGCAUUUGAACAUCAAAGAUGCGCGCAUCUCCACAGCCGACGAUUCUCGGGCUGAGCAUGUCUACAUCGUGCAGGACAAGCUCUCUGGCGCUGGGCUGUCUGAAGAUCGCCUGGCUCAGGCCGUGAAUCAGGUCCGGGAAGCUUUGCGGCAGCUGGCAGCUGGGGACUGUAGGGCCGAACCCUGGCCCAGAUACUGCUCCGCUGACGUGGCAAAGCACACCACGCCUGAACAGGGCAUUUGGGUCAGCUACAAGGAUGGUGUCUAUGACAUCACAAAGUUUGUGGCAAACCAUCCCGGUGGCACCGACAAGAUCAUGCUGGCAGCUGGAAAGGCCAUAGAUCCAUUCUGGCGGAUCUACCAGCAGCACACUGGGAGAGGCAACGCGCUGGAGCUGCUGGAAAGCAUGCGUAUUGGAGAUUUGUCUGAUCCUCCACAGGCUGACGACAGGAGUUCUUGUCCGUUUUCCACAGAUCCAGAGCGCCAUCCCGGAUUGAUUUUCCACAACAACAAGCCUUGCAACGCUGAGCUCCCAGCAGAGCUCAUGCUGGAUGCCUGGCUGACGCCCAACCCUGUGUGGUUCAUUCGACAUCAUCACCCUGUUCCUAUCAUGGAUCACGACCAGUACCGGCUUGUCGUGGACGGCGUGGGUACUAAGUCUGUCACCUUGUCGCUGGAGGAUUUGAAAAGCCGCUUCUUGAAACGAGAAGUAGUGGCCACCCUCCAGUGCGGAGGGAAUCGAAGGUCCGAGCUGGACCAAAUCGAGAAGACCUCGGGAAUACCUUGGGGCUUUGGUGCCAUGUCCACCGCAAAGUGGGGUGGAGUCUACUUGCGGGAGGUGCUGCAGCACUGCGCAGGGCUCAGCCACGAGAACGUGGAAGCCUUCGAGGUGAAGCACAUCAUUUUCAAGGGAUUGGACAGCAUGGAGGCCAGCAUACCGGUGCAGAAGGCGCUCAGCCCAUACGGCGACGUCCUUUUGGCCUACGAGAUGAACGGCGAGAGUUUGCCCAAGGAGCAUGGGGCUCCUGUGCGAAUCAUCGUUCCAGGCGUCGUUGGCGUGCGCAACGUGAAAUGGGUUGGAAAGAUCACUGCCUCUCAAGAAGAAGCCCAAGGCCCUUGGCAAAGAGGUAUCGCCUACAAGGGCUUUUCGCCCAACGUCAAGGAGUUGACGGGCAUAGACAUUGAGAAGAUUCCGUCAAUGCAAGACCUACCAGUGCAAUCUGCAAUCGUGUUUCCCAAAGCUGGAAGCACCGUGGAGCUGGACGACAUCGAGGUGAAGGGAUUUGCCUGGAGCGGAGGAGGUCGGGGUAUAGUCCGAGUCGACCUGUCCCUGGAUGAUGGCAAGACCUGGAUCACAGCGGAUCUGCAGGAUGGCAAGGACCAAGCGUACAACCGUGCUUGGGCUUGGACGUUUUGGGAGGCUUCCGUGCCCGUGCCAGACUCGCUCAAAGGAAAGGAUAUUACUAUCCUUUGCCGGGCGGUGGAUUCAGCGUACAGCUCCUUGGCAGCCAAAGUCCGAGUGCAAGUAGUGGCUGAGAGGCCACCAUGCCCAUCCAUGUCCCAGCGAGGCACACAGCCAGAAAGGCCUGAGCCUUUGUGGAAUUUGAGAGGUUUAAAUUGCAACUGCUGGCAUCGGGUGUCCAUCAGACAUCAGGAUGAUUAGUGUCAGGCGUUCAUGUGCAGGUUAGUUUGAGCCGGCAUGAAACUGGCAGCAUCUUUUGUAUGGCGCUUUUUCAGUCGCCAGAUUUUCACCUGAAACGUUGAACCGGAUCCUCGAUGCCGCGAGAAAGAGCGAGUCCGCCCGCAGCUCUCGGAGCUCCCGGCAUGGAAGGUGUCCAAGCCCGCCAGCCGCCUGAAGUACAAGC